AUGGCAAAGCUGGACUAUCUUCGAAGUCUUGACAUGCAGGAGCGUCUCGAUCACUUCAAAGCCAAGGGCAUCAAAGGCUCCUACCGAGGUGAUCCCAAGCCGGCGCCUAGAGGCGGAGCUGUGGUGUUUUCAAGACAGUUUGACGGAAUGGAGUUUAUGGGCCACCACCCCAGCGAGAACACCGACUUGACGGAGGGAGAUAUAGCCCAGCAGAAAGCACGAGCCCGUCUCCGUGACGACUUUCUUACCACCGUCCAGAAAGAAGCCCUCUUCGACCCAAGCGACGAAUCCCUGAGUUCCGCGUGGGAUGACGACAAUCUGUGCGCCGAGACCAGCGAGGCGGACCCCGACGCGAUGGAGACGACUUUCUACAGCGAGGAUGCAGAGCCGAUGGUGUCUUUGGAGGCGAUGGGGGGAGCAAGCGAUGCCAUGGACGUAGACGGUGUGGAACAGGGGCAAGCCGAGGACAACGACAACGCUGGUGACGCAAACAAGGAGGACUCGUCGCAGCACGAGGAAAUUUGGCCGCCUACGGGUGUCGAAUGGACAGCGAAGCUCAAGUACAUGACCGGCUUCCGACAUAAUCACACUUCUACCAGAUAA